AUGUCGGACGAAACACUGCAGGUGCAACUAGCGCCUCCCAAACCCCUCGUGGAUUUCGCUUUCUUUUCUGCAGACAAUGAAGCUGCCAUUCACCUCUUGGACCUUGUCAAGGCCGAAACUUCACUCCCAACUCUCAUAAGUAAUAAAGAGACAAUUGGCUUUCAGCUAUCAACUAUCUCAUCGUCUCAUGACUCCAGCCUCAAGGAUUUCUGGCUGAUUGGCGCCGGUCCGUCUCAUGCGACACCUGACAAGAAUUCACACCAUGGAAAGCCAGAUAUCCUGCUUUGUCCACCCGGCGAAUCUCGCAGUGCCAAUAUAGCACGCCAAUACAUUGAGGAUCUACAUGCUGGCCUCAGCUUCCAUGCAGAAUCGAACGUAAUGACGCUCACGUCAUACUCCAUGCAACCUAUCAUAUAUGAAGAAGGAGAUAUGGGCAAUGAAGAUUUAAAGCUAUGUUUGCUAGGGAGGAGGAGUUGCGUCAUGAGGCACAGGCGGAACGUCUUAUGGAUCGGUCAAUAUCGCUUUAUUCUUGAAUUUAUCGCCCAGGGUCAAGAUAAAGAGGCCAAGAUAGAACCUCAUGGCUACCGUGGCCUUUAUCCAUCACCAUCAGCCUAUCCCGCGGCGUGUUCCAUGGCAUCCUGGAACGUCUGGCUCCAAGGCUGUAUACCAGAAACAUCGGUCAUAUCAGGUGUUGACAUUUACACCGGAGAUCCGAUCGCAGUCAAGAAGUUAGGACCGGACAUAGCAUUGCGAACAGAUACUUAUUCGCGGCUCCAAGUUGCUAGUCAAUACGGCAAAAGUCUAGAAAAGGGCGUGCUGGGAAUUGUCGAUAUGUGCUUUGCAAACGUACAGUGGUCAAAACUCUAUGAGAAUCGGUGUCGCCUAUGUUACCAGACGUUAUUGGGGCUGGCUGAGCUACAUCAAAAGGACAUUAGUCAUGGGAAUAUACAUCCUGAAUCGUUACUAAUCUUCACGAAACUGGAAUCGAUGAGCGUCAAUGCAGUUAUUUCUCUUGAUAUGCAACCUCGAGAGAACCUCAAUACAAGCAUUUGUGUUGCGCCUGAAGUCUGGAAGAAGGGUGCAAGCCUGGAUAAGGAAAAGCUUGAUAUAUGGGGGCUUGCUGCAUCGUGGCUCUUUGCCUUUUUCCAAGUACCCGAAGGCCAGAAAAUGGACCAACAACUACAUGUUGUGAUGACUGCGACUAUAGAAUCAGGUGUUAGGAAAGGAUGGUACGAAAAGCCAUUUGCUCACUUACUUCGAAAAAUGCUUGCUUUCAAUCCUGAAGAUCGGCCGAGUGCGACAACGGCUCUUGCAUACGAGGCAUGGCAGCCUAUUGAAGAAGCCAGUAAAAGGAAACGGAAGCGAGAAGAUACCAAGUCAAAGAAGGUUAGGUUUGUAAAGCAGGCUGCUGUUUGUUCUUUUUAG